ACGUUUCGGCUGCAGAACAAUUCGAGUGACGAUUUUCCAAGAGGUCGAAUCCGUUUCACCCAAUAGAGAACUUACGUCGCGUGGAGGACCUUGGAGGAUUCACUGUGCGUGUAAGGUUUGCUCCAUCUGUUGCCGAAGGACGAUGUUUCUCAAACCAUUCAAGAUCAAAACCAAUUCUCAACUCAAGGGAUCCGACAGGAAAACGUUUCGGAACGCUCUCGAGAGAUGUUUCCCCAAAAUGUUGGAAGCGUCCGCUUUCCCUAUGACGUCAAAGAAAGACCAGGUGUCCCAAGCGAAAGCCGUGUGUCAUAAUGGGGAGAUUAUCCAGAUAUAUUCGAUCGAUGGAGAGCCUGUCGCCUACGAGUCGAGAACAAAAUGGUUUUUGACAAUCUACGGGGUGUGGACUGCUCCUGACGCUCUGCCCGCGGUCUUGACGUGGGGUGCUGUGAUCCGGAAACUCGCAAACGGUGCCGACUUGAUGGCACCUGGGAUCGUGAUCCGCGAAGAGAAUGAAGCCGCAUAUCUCCAGCUUAAGGUAGGACAGCACGUGCAAAUUCGAGUCGUCAGCUGCGCCCAAGCUGUGGGAGUCGGAAUCAUGCUGAUGGAUGGGUCGGAGAUUGUUUCGAAGAAGUUGGGGAAAGCUGUCCAAGUGUUACAAUUGUAUGGGGACCACCUCUGGGAGAUGGGCUCGAAGAAGGAAAUCGAGUUCAAUCGGAACGACCAGGACGAGGACAGCUCGGACAAUCAGGCGAGCGAAGAAGAGCCGGUUGAGAAUUCGGAACGGGUAAGUAAUCAUUCAGUAGCUUCAAAAGAGGGACCUGGAAAAACUGAGCUCAGAUUAAAAGAGACGCCUCUAACGGAAGAGGAAGCAGCCGAGUUGGAGAAAGCUGUCAGAGAAAUGAAUGUCGAGGAAGACGAUCCACGGAGUGCACAAGAGAAAAUGGACGAUCUUCUGAAGGAGUGUUUCCUUUCCGCUAUAAAAACUUCGCACAAGCAAAUCCAAUUACCUAUGCUGAGCAAUAUUUUCUAUUCGAAAUACGUGCAAGCGUGUGCUCCUGAGGGCCAGGUGCUCGAAGUCAAAAAGAGCUCUUUCAAGAAGGUUUCGACGUUCCUGUCGGAAAUGAAAUCUCUAGGCUAUAUCGACAUCAAGGCAGAGAAGAAAGGCGUCGAGCACAUCACCGAGAUCAAGUUGGACAACCUCCCCGUUUUCAAGGUCAGACCGGAGUUCUUCCCGAAGGUCAGGGAUACCUUGACCGAGAGGGAGGACAACUUCUCCUAUCAGAUGCCGGAGAUUCGACAAGUGUUCCUAGUGACGGCCGAAGUUCUUCCGCUACUCAAAGGAUACGCGAGAGGCAGCCCCAUAUCGUUGGAGGAAAUACGAGCCCAAGUCAAGCAAUAUGUCAUCGACAACGGCCUCCAAACCGAAGACAAAAGAAUCGUCCAAUUGGAACCCGUGCUCGCGCACAUAGUCCUGACAAGAAACGAGUAUGACAGCCAAGUUACCUGGGAGACAUUGAACCGAAGAGUCCUGUCCAAAUUCACAUCUGCGUUCGAGCUCCGUUUCUCGAAUAGAGAACCGAUUCUGAGGAAAGGAGCGCUAGAACCGAUCUCCAUUUCUGUGGCGACUAGAUGCGGAAAUAAGAAGGUCACGCUGAUUCACGGUUUCGAAACGUUCGGGAUCGAUCCCAGCGCGUUUGCACACCAAGUUCAGGUCGGAGUGUCGGCGUCGACCACGGUCAACCCCUUGCCGAACAGCAAUAAAGGAUUUCAACAAGUUCUGGUCCAAGGGAAUCAAGUGAAUUUCGUCGCUAAACUUCUCUUCGAUACGUAUAAGCUGCCGCGGGUUUAUGUUCGAGGUCUCGAGCACGCUCCCAAGAAGAAGAAGUGAGAUGGCGUCUCAAGUGAAAAGCUGAUAUCCCAAGCACAAGUCGGAAUCCGUCAGCGUGGCAUCAUCGCAGUUUCGAGCUGGCGACUCCCAUGCAUUCUAAUCAUUCUGUCCGUAUUCGGCAUUUUCCCCCUCGAGUUUUUGAAAUUUUCAUCGAUCGAUUGAGCAAUCAACUAUCUAACAUUUACACAAGAUAUAGAAAAGUUCCGAAAGUUUCGGAACCGUCUUCGCCCGCGUAAAAACACCGCGGUUGUAUUCGUCGCAAAUUCUACUUCACAUUUCGCAUAGGCAAGUGCCUCUGCGUUCGUGGAAACGGCCUCGAGCACCAAUCAGGUGGCGGAAUCCGUGUACAGACCCCCUUGUGACCCUUCCCCGCUGUUUGUACAUCGCCUGCUCUCAAGAGCUCGACGUCAUCAUGCCGGAAGCUCCAGGAAUUCCUGUUAGAUUAUAUUCUGCUCCUCGAUCCAUCCCUUCUGGUAUCUCCCGGGGAUCGGGAUCUUGGAAAGGCAAACGUCGAUCUAAGCUCCUCUCGGGAAAUGCGCGUUCCCCGCUUCUUGUUCACCAGCCGAUUUCUCGACGAUCUACAAGAGCUGCGAUCCUCGUCAUUCGGCCCGACGUCAUUCGAGAUAAGAAGAAUUCCAUCGGGAACCCCGAUAUCCCCGGAAGAAUACAGGAAUGAAGAGU